AUGCAUUUCAAGCUCCCUGCAAUCCUCGCUGUUGCAUCAGCAACAGUCUCAAUUGCCAAUCCAACAUGGCAGGCUGAAAAUUCAUGGAUACAGAGCUUUGAAGGUCAUCAAGCUCCAGAGCACACUUCACCCAGGCCGAAUAUCUCUUGUUUUCCAAAGACUCCACACCAGCCCCCGCCCUGGUCCCCUCCUCGGAACAAGGUGUGCUACGUAAAGAGUUAUAACGAUAGUGUGAGUGAUGACUCAACGUAUGUCUUGAACGCUCUUCAUGAUUGCAACAAUGGUGGUCAUGUUGUAUUCAAACAAGGAUUGAAGUAUACAAUUGGGACAGCUCUCGAUUUGACUUUCCUUAACCACAUUGACAUCGACGUCCAAUCCUAUAUUCAAUUUUCAAACGAUACGACUUAUUGGCAAGCGAAUUCAUUCCGCUUUGUUUUCCAAAAUGUCACAUCUUUCUUCAAACUCGGAGGAAAUGAUGUCAAUAUCUUUGGUGGAGGAACUAUCGACGGUAAUGGUCAAAUUUGGUAUGAUUUGUACGCGUCGAACAUUUAUACUCUUCGGCCAGUUUUGUUUGGACUUGACGGGCUUCACAACUCUACCAUAAGCAACCUGGUUCUGAGAUAUUCGCCUGAAUACUAUCAUUUCAUAGCUAACUCAACGAAUGUUGUCUUUGAUAACAUCAAUAUUGCCGGUGGAAGCAAAAGCGCCAAUGUAGCGAAGAAUACUGAUGGAUGGGACACGUACCGAAGUUCAGAUAUCGUGAUCCAAAACUCGCAUAUCAACAAUGGAGAUGACUGUAUAUCUUUCAAACCCAAUAGCACCAAUAUUCUAAUCCAGAAUCUCUUCUGCAACGGUUCUCACGGAAUUAGUGUUGGCUCCCUCGGCCAAUACGUAGGCGAAUUCGACAUCGUGCAAAACAUCUACGUCUACAACAUCUCCAUGCAUAAUGCUUCAGAUGCGGCCCGCAUAAAAGUCUGGCCCAACACACCCUCCGCACUCUCCGGCGAUCUCCAAGGCGGAGGCGGUUCCGGCCUCGUGCAAAACAUAACGUACGACACCAUACUAGUCGACAACGUCGACUACGCCAUCGAAGUUGACCAAUGCUACGGCCAAUCCAACCUCACGCUCUGUCUCCAAUAUCCUUCGCCUCUCACCAUUUCUGAUGUCCUGUUUACGAAUUUUCAGGGCAAGACGAGCAAGAAGUAUGCGCCGGAGACGAGCACUUUUGCGUGUAGUAGUGAUAGCGCUUGUAGUAAUAUCGUAGCGCAGGGCAUAGAUGUGCAGAGUACAGGGGGUGAAAGGGAUGCGUUUUGUUUGAAUGUUGAUGUGGCGACUCUGGAUGUUAAUUGUACGGAUACUUAUAAGGGGUUCAAUUGA